AUGAGAAGAAGAACGAAUGCCCGCUCUACAGUCAAGUCAAGUAAGGAAGGAAACAGUACUCUCGCUGCCUCUAUUCGCCUAGAUAGAAGUCUUUUCUUCCACCUAUCCCGUCUGUCCAUUCCUUCCGUUUCACUCGAGAUGUCGAAGAAUGCUUUCCAAAAUGAAGUUCUAGUACGCAGAUAUCGGUUAGGACUACUUAUGAUGGCAUUGGUUUGUGAGAGUGGGUUAGUCUUGCUUGGGAUGAAGGCUAUAGAAGAGAUAUGUGCUCCCGGUCCGAUCACAUCUGGGACCCGCCUAUUGACUAAUGAAACUAGAGGUGCCUAUCCCUCUCUAGCUGUUUGGAAGUCAAAGAUUAAGAAUUCUCUGAAUUCGAAGAACGAACACGGCCAUGGCAGGCGAGGGAGAUCCAUAAAUGAAAGACGAGAGCAAGGCUCUCUCCUCAGAGCGGACAGUGGGAUAAGCGCUGGAGUAGACAUUAGCAGUUACCGAAAAAGGGCCAGCGGGCACCGAGCAAGGGACACUGCCCUUUUGUGCGGACCGGCCGGGAGCCGAGUCACAAAAGGCCCCUCGUCAAGUAUUGCACCUAGAGCGUCGAAGCCUUUAUUUAAGGAAGGGGGGCGUUCGUCAGUGCUUUACUACUCCAGAAGUCCUCUCUAUCGGGUUCACGCUCGAAGCAUACUGAAAUGUAUUGAAAAUUGCCUUUUAUGUGGGACUACCAGCCAGGUACAUAGAGCCAGACGCACUCAAAUCUUGAGUAAGGUUCCGACCUACAUUGACCAUUUCGCCUGGACCGGAAGAGGCAUCUAUGAAUUGACUGCCAUAACUUACACUCACUCAAUGGAAAUGUUCGCCUUUGGAAUGAAGAUGGAUGAGCAGGCACUUGAGCCUGGACCUGAUGAAAUUCGGGGGAAAGAUGUCACCGGUCACUAUACUGGGGGGCGAGACAUGACCGCGACUUAA